GGGAGCGCAGGGCGGGCUGGUUGGUUGGUUGCAGAGUGGCGGUCGCCGGACCCGGCGCUGUCGCUGAGGAGAAGGCGGUUGCGGCGCUCGGCCUAGCGGGGAUGGCCGCCAGCUCGAGCGGGCGGAGGGGCAGCCGGGCUCUCUCCGAGCUGCUGGCAGGAAGAGUCAAGAAACAGAAAUGCACAUUUGACAGUGGACAGGAGUUUCAGAAAGCAGCUGUUCACCUUCUGAGUUGCCAUCAGAACUUGAAUGACCUCUUGCUGGAGGUGGAGAGUUCCAGUAAAUCAACUGAACAGAGUGGUCCAGAGCCUCAAAGUGCUUUUUCAGAGUCAUUUGUAGUCUCCAUUCUGCAGGAGCAGGCCUUGAGGCUGGGAGUACCAAUGGGAAUCUUGUCAGCCAAUACCACUGCUACCAACAUUGAACAGAUUUGCAAAACUUCCAUGGAGUCCAACCAAGUUGCACUGUUGAACUUGGAGCAGAGAAAGAAAUUGUCUUGUUUGCUUCAAACCGUCAAGGAUUUGUUGGUGCACAAUGCCUUCUGUCGUUUGCUCUUCUGUCAAGAACUGUGGAAAAAGCAGAAUCCUCCCGUGUUGGAAGUUGUGUGGCACCUGCACAGAGGCAACAUUGUUAGCUUGGGAGAGCUGCUGGAGAGCAAUUCAGACACCCCUGCUGUGGUGGAGUGGCUAUGCAGCAGCCUUUGUCUGCUGUGUAAGCAGACAGACAGUUCUUCCCUGGAUGUGGAGCUUUCUGGGCACAUACUCUCAGACUUUAUGAUUGUGUUUCUUCAGAAUGGAUUUCAGCAAACUUCAGAUCCAGAAAAGAAGGUGGAAUUCCAGAAAAUCCCCCAUAUCUGUUAUGCUGUACUGCAAAAAAUGUUGACAUGGGUACUUGAUGCUGUUGCUAAUGAAAAACAGGAAGAUUCUUCUAAAUUACAGGCUGUGAAAUGCUGGCUGAACGUAUUCACUGUGACAAUGUACAAAAGCACCAGCUUUCCAGAGUCUUUGCAACAGUUCUUCAUUCACACCCUGACUGAGAUUCUUACCUAUAAUCCUUUGUUGAAAGCAUCUGAUGCCAUACAUAUGCAGAGAGAGUGGAGUUUUGCAAGAACCUGUCCACUGCUUACUACCUUGUAUCGCAAACUGUUUGUGGCAUUCAGUGCAGAGAAGUUGAUGUGUCAUUUGCAGCAGAUUCUGGAGACUCAUGAGGUGAACUGGCAGCAUGUGCUGUCCUGCUUUUCUACAUUGGUAGUCUGCCAGACUGAAGCAGAGCAGCUGGUUAAAGACCUACUGAGCAGUCUGCUGAUAAAAGCCUUUGAGAAUUACGAUAUGGAAAACAUGAUCACUGCAUUCUUGAUAGCUCGUCAGGCUGCCCUUGAGGGUCCUGCUGUGUUCAUGCCUUAUGCUGAAUGGUUUAAGGUUUCCUUUGGCAAUGCCAGUGGUUACCAUGGUAGCAGUAAGAAGGCUUUGGUCUUUCUCUUCGAGUUCCUAUCAGAAUUGGUUCCCUUUGAAGCACCCCAAUAUCUGAAGGUCCAUAUAAUGCAUCCACCUUUUGUACCAACAAAAUACCGUCCCUUUCUCUUGGAAUAUAUCACUCUGGCCAAAACCCGAUUGGCUGAUUUCAAGGUUGCUAUUGAAGACAUGGGGCUCUAUGAGGAUUUAUCUUCAACAAAGGAAGCUGUGCAGACUUUACUAUGCUGUUCCCUCCUUGUCACCUACAUGAGCCAGCCCCAGAGCCAGGCACUUGAAGAUGUUGAAAAGGCCAUUCGGAUAUUUGAAAAUACAGGGAAGAUCCCAACAAGUGUGAUGGAGGCCAGUAUUUUCAGAAGACCCUAUUAUACUUCCCACUUUAUUCCUGCUUUACUCAUGCCACGUGUGCUCCCUGAAAUUCCAGACUCGCGCAUCGUUUUUAUAGACUCCUUAAAGAGAGCUGACAAAAUUCCACCAAACUUGUACUCCAGAUAUGUCCAAGCUUGUCAUUUUUUGAAAGAGAAACACUUACAAGAUGGAUCAAUAGAAGUAGAGACUGACCAUCUCAAAGAGCCUGUUGAACAGCUGAAGGCUGAACUGGAUAAACUGACCAUGCUGAUCACAGACCAAAGCAAACAUGAUGCUGUGCCAGCCCAGAUUGCACUGAUCUCUGAGAGACUGAUGACUGUCCUGGGACAUUGCAAUAAUGAAAAUGAAGCUGCAUCCUUCAAUGCUCGGAUCCAACUUAACAUUUGUUCCCCAAAACUUGAACAGCAGGAUCAGUGUGUCAUUGAUCUUUUACUGACAUCCUUUUGCCAGAAUCUAAUAGCUGCUUCCUAUUUUAACCCUCCUGACAGGCAGGGGCUCUGUUUGUCUCUGUUUGUGAAGAUGAUUUGUGGACACAGGCGUGUCUUACCUGCCCUGUUGACUAGGCUCUGUCAGCUUAUUUAUCAUCAGGGUCCUUCCCUAAAUGAUGCUCAUGUUUUAGGACUAGCUGCCUUUAUGAUUCAUUUAAAUGAAUCCAAAUCUUUGAUUCCUGAAGUGAACAUUGGAUCCAAGGUUGCCUCUGCAAAGGGCCUUUCUGUUACUGAGUACUGGAACCAUUUACUUGUUUGCAGGACAGGGGAGUCCUUAGCCUUCUGCAUGAGGUUUUGUACUGCAGCAGUUGCUUAUUGUUUGUGCAAGUUUCCUUCCCUCUCUCAUGAUGAUUUAUGCAACUUGCUUCCCUCUGGCCUUAUAAAAAAGUUACAGUAUGUUGUGCCACGGCUGAGCUUAGAGGCUCGCGGAAUUGGCCGUGAGGAGGAAGCACCUGAACUGUCCUGGAGGUCCCUCUCUUGUCCCUCUGUAAACUACACGAAAACCAGCCUCUGUUUAUGGAGGCAAACGUGCUUCCAAGAACUCUUGAAGGAGAAACUAUUCCAGUUAUCUUUCCGAGAGUGGCUGCUGUUUGAGCUAGAAGUCCAACCUGAGAAGGAUAUCCUUUCUGCUUCUGAAAGGCACGACUUCCAUUACUGGGCGUUGUACCAGUGGUAUCUUCCAGCAGCUUCUGCUUCUGGAGGCUUUGAUGGAAACCUGGAAAAAGCAUGUGGCAUUCUUAUUGGUACAAUUCUGGAUUUCUCCCAAAGGUCAGAGUUGGACAACUGUGGCCAGUUGGAGAAGUCAGAGUUUUCCGUUCAUAACAAUCAUCAUGUCAAUCCUGAUAUUCUCUGCAGAUUACAGGAAAUGGUACUUGAGCUAGGGUCUAGGAAGACUUCACCCACUGGCUGCUGGAAUGACAAGGGACACUUCCUAUUUAGGAUUUUCCAGGAAAGGUUAAAAACUAUAGGAAAUGGCUCUGCUGUAGGUGAACGGCUACUGAGGCAGCAGGAAGUGCUACUGCAAAAAAGGAUUCUGUUGUGUCUCCCUCCAUCAGUUCUCAUCAUGAUGUGUCGAAGAGGAAAGAAAAUGACCUUGGAUUGUGAAGAUUUCUUUUUUUUUGUAAACACUGAGCUGAGGAACAUUUGUUCCAGAGGAUGUGCACUCUCCUAUGACAUCACAGCUCACUUCUUAAGGGGUCUGUUGAAUGCCAGUUUGGAUUAUGAGGAAUCAGCACAAGGGAUUAAUGAUAUUUUGAAAACAUGUCGAACCAAAUGUCCCAUUAUCAUUUCUUCUGCAGCGCUGUGGUGGCUGAGGUUGGAGCCGGUGCUUUGCUCCCAGUGGAAGAGGCUGUUUGGGGCUCCACUUGCACAGGAAUUGCAGAGACUGAGGAAAUGCCAGCAUUCUGCUACUAGCUUCCUCUCUUUAGAAGCAGAAUUUUCCCUAUCUGAUACACCCUGGAUUUCUGCGGCCUUUCUGCACUUCACUGUUCAACAGCAAGCAGCACAUGGAGGAGUGAGAGACGUGCUGAAGAGAGCGGGGUCUGACACACAGCAGCUCCUAGUGUGUCUGCUGUUCUUUUCACUCAUGGAUCUCAUCUUUACCAGACUAGCACCAAAGCAAGGGACAGAGUUUCAGAAAUCUUUGGAACGGUGCCUGGAGAUCCUCGGAUGCUUGGAAGAGCAAGGCAUGUCCUGGCUCGCUCUCUUUCACUCAGCAGAGAAAGACCGUGGACCAUAUCAAAUUCUACACAGUGCUGCCUCAGACCAAUACAUCAGCCUGUUGCCUAUUGCAUUCUACAGCCUUAUCCCCGGCUUUCACCAAAACCUACUUAACAGAGAGCAAACCUUCCUUUAUGUUGCUGUUGACAUGUAUACCCAGCUGCUUCGACUCUACAUAGAAGGGGAGAAUCCUCGGAGAUCAGAUCAGGGGGGACAAAGCCUACCCAGCCUGAAGCACGUGGAUUCUUUAGAGGUGUUAACUAAGGCUCGUCAAUUUCUGCUACAUUCAAUUGCACGGUGCCCUAAAAACAGCUUUGUACAUAUACAACAGUUACUGGAUCCCUGUGAAGAGUUUGACCCAGAGGUGAAAGCUGCCCUCUUCCAUUCCUGGAAGGCCACUGUAGCUGAGGAUUCGUAUGAUGAACCAGUCCUCUUCUGAGUGAUACUGGUAGAGAACUGUAGCCCAGGCAAGGGCAGCAGAGAAAGACGUGUCUAACUCUGCAGCUGCAGAAAGUGUUUACUAAGGUCAUUUUUGUGGAAUCCAAAGAAAUGGAUUGACAGGAAAAACUAUCAGCUGUUCUCCAUCUUUGUAACCAGGACUACUUGAUUCAAAUUACUUUGUAAAUAAUUUAUUACAAGCAAAACCUUGAAGCUCUUGUUAAUAAUAAAAAGUAGGUUAAAUUUUUCUUUUUA